AUGGAUUUUAGUAAAAAGAACAAUUCAAACCUAUAUCCAAGUCCUUCUAAAAGAUUAAAUUUCGACAAUAUCACCGACUCACCUAUUUUUAAAACCAGCAGCCAUUAUCAUGAGUCUUUUCUCUUUCAAGAAGAGGCUAGCUAUAAUGGCAGCCAAAAUGAAAUCACUGCACCUUCUUAUAUUCCUAGCUUUUUCGACAAAAAGUGUUCCAUAACACGGAAAAAGCAAGCAAAAAACUUAGAAGCCCAAUCAAUUGAGUUUAAAAAAGCAGGGAAACUGAUAAUAGAAGAACUAAAAUCCCCAAACCCUGAAUUUGAAGAUGCCUAUUCAAAGCUAAGGGAAAGCUAUAACAAAAGUAGGCUCGCUUGAAAUGAAAUAGACAAUAUAGAGUCAGAGAAAACAGAAAAAAUGCAUGGAGGUUUUAAUCAGAUUCUUGAAAGCAUAGAAAAAACUUUGCAUAGUGUAAAUAAAACCAAUGAAGAAUUAGAAAAGAAAAAGAAAGAAGAAGAUAUUAAAAAACUUAAUGAAACUAAAGAAGAAAUAAAAGAUCCUCCUUUGCUGGAAAAGCAGAUAACUGUGAUGGAUAUAAAACCUGCAAAUGAAGCAAAACAAGAGAAAAAUGAACCAUUUAAAAAUAAUACGUUUGACUUUGAUUUUUCUGUUAAAGAUCCUAUUGUGAAACCAAUAAUAGAAAACAAUGGUUCUGUUCGCCCACAAAUUAACACUGUAAAACCUAUAGUCGAAAAUAAUCCAAUUAAGCCUAGCCAAGAUAAUCAAUUUAUGGAUCAAGAUAUGGGGAGCAAUAUGCAGCAAAAUUAUUCUAUGCAAACUCAAAAUACAUAUGCAACUAAUUCUCAAUGGAAGCCUCCAACUGCUAUUCCAGGCCAGCAGGGAGUAUUCCAAAAUAGUUUUUCUAUUCAAAAUGCUCCAAAAGAAAAUCCAUUUCAGCAACCUGUAAAUCAAUUUUCGCCGAAUCCAGCUUAUAAAAAUGCUUUCACUUCUCAACCAUUAGGUGCAACACAACCGUUCCAGCAAACAACAAUUGUUAGUCAGCCAACACAAUCUUUUCAACAAAUCACACUAACAAAUCAACCAGUCUUUCAAACUCAGCAAUCUCCAUUUUCUAUUCAAAAGCCCACAAAUGUGUUUCAACCAAUAGCGUUAAACACAAGGCAAACCACAACGCAGCCUCAACAAACAGCGUCACCAUUUCAACCAAUAGCGCUAUCUGCUCCAUUACAAUCAAACACAUUUUCAAUGCAAGCCAUGACAUAUCCCAAUGCCCCUACCCCUACCAAUUUUCCCCCAACAACUCAAAAUAUACCUAAUCCUCCUAUGAAUAUAUCAGCACCAUUUAAUUAUCCAAAAUUAAAUAAUCCAGAAUCUACAGUCAAUACUUCUAUAACAGAAACUCAAAAAAAAAUGCAAGGUUAUGCUAAAGAUCGGUAUGAAGCUGAAAAUUGUCGGGAAUUUUUAGAAUUUAGAAAAGAUGUUUGUCUAGCUUUAUGGAAUAUAAGCUCAAAGGCAAGUGAAAUAAAAUUGACAUCAAUAUCCACAACUCUAAGAAAUUCAAUGGCAAAUUUUUCAAAUUCAAAUUUCCUAACCAAAGCUCAUAUAUAUCUUUGCAUUAAAUUAGUAGAUUUGUAUUUGGAGGCCUCUCUUCACACUCCAAAAAUUCAUGGAUAUGGUGAACAGUAUAUCAAGUUGCUUGAAAAAGUUUCAAAAUUUUCAAAUUCUUCCCCACUUUUUGAAAUUUUUAAAUUGGAGAUAUUCUUUCGAGCUGAAAUUUUAAUCCCGAAUCCAGUAUCUCCGGAGCUUGCGCUACACAAGUGCCUCAUGAAAGACCUUGGAGAGAAAAAGAUGUCUGAAAUCCAGAAAAUUGUUAACACUGAAAUCAUCAAAAAUAUAGCGCUUGGAAAGCUGUUUGCAAGCUAUGUGAUUCAACUGCAAGACAUAAGUAAUGCAUGAUACUCUAUCAGCAGCAUUAUGAGUUGAGACUCAUCAACUGCUGAUCGAUCAUAUCUGCCUAUUUUGUAUGGCUGCUUAAGUGCAAUGGCAAACGAUUUUCGCUCAAAAUUCAGCUUUGAAUACGACAAUAUCGUUAGAGCUUUCAAUAAUACUAAAUGACCCUCCAUCAAGGCCAAACUUGGCCACCCUAUUUUUAAUAGCAUUGUAUCCCAAUUUGAAAAAACCUUCCUUCAAAAUCGCAUGUAA